GAGAUAAGCCAUGCAUGAAAUGUACAACCAACUUAUCAACUCUCUCAUAACUAUCCAACCAAAAGCUUAGUUAACAUAAUAAAAAUGUCACCACCCACCUCCACCUACCCCAUCUUAGACGAGUUAGACCCCAACGUUGAGCCUAAACAACCUUUCAAAGGAAUAUUCGACAAUUGGCUCAUACUCCAACAACGCACUUUAGAAAAACUAAAGUUCGCUGUAAAAUUUCAACCUGACUCAACCCAUUUAAACAACGAGUCAUCGACUCGUAACCUCCGCCAACUCGUGCGGCGAGUCAUGACUCAGUACGAAAAAUACUACCAAGCCAAAUCCGAGUCAGCAAAACACAACAUCCUACAAAUGAUAACCCCAAAAUGGCUAUCUUGUCUAGAGGGUUCAUUUCUUUGGAUUGGUGGUUGGAGACCUAGCAUGGCAUUUCAGUUACUGUACUCAGUUUCCGGGUUACAACUCGAGAGUCGACUCAGUGAGUUGCUUGACGGGUUGAGAACGGGCGAUUUAGGCGAUCUUUCGCUGAGUCAACUCAACAAAGUCAACGAGUUGCAAAGUCAAACUAUCAAGGAGGAGAGAGAGUUGACUGAGAACUUUGCUGCUCAACAAGAGACUGUGGCUGACUCUCCUAUGGUUGUGCUGUCACAUGCUGCUACUGAGUUGACUCGGGAUCAUGACUCGGUGGGAGUGAGACUUGAGAGUGAAGAGGUUGGUCAACGAGUUGAGUCAACGCUGGGUGAUAAAGAGGAGAAGUUGGAAGAGAUAUUUAAAAGGGCUGAUGAUCUACGGCUGAGAACGCUUAGAAAUGUGGUGGAUAUUUUAGAUCCAAUCCAAGCCGUUUAUUUCUUGAUUGCUGCUGCUGAGCUUCAUUUGAGGGUGCAUGAUUGGGGAGUCAAGAAAGAUGAUGGUGCACUUGGAAAGGGAUUGAGCGGGCAUGUACGUAGCGCAAACAAAAAACCGGCUGGCUGAUACCAAAGCACUGGCUGAUCUGCAUGAGUUAAGAAGCCAGGCUACAGGAGUUGCCAAAACCGCCUUAACAACGAUCAGCUGAAUUCCCUGCGAGUCAUACCCUGUUUCUCCAAAUGCAGUCAGCCCAUUCCAGGGCUAGGGCUGUCAUCUCAACUUUGUCUCCAGGCAUGCCAUGAGUUCACGUUUCACAUCAUAAGUUACACCUUGAGAGACCGACUCUUUCAUUUUGCAGAAAGCCAAACGAAAUCUGCUCCACAGAUGCAAGACAAGAAUCUCAAAUUUAAAACCACACCGCUCAAGGUUCUCUUACUACUUCCUCCUUCCAUUCGAUGUUUCCGUAUGGA